UUUACAACAGUAAAUACUGCAAUAACUGAAGAUAUUGAUCAAUUGUUUGAUACUAUUUUAAGGUUAGAUCAAACUAUAUUAAAAACUAAUAAAACCUGGAAAACUGUUAAAAAUAAGACUAAAUUUAAAGAAUUUUUUGAGUAUUGUUGCCAGUCACACCACUAUAUUUUUUCAAUUAAAAAAUCCAAUUCUGGAAAUAAUGAUCACUAUGCUUCUUUAAAUAAUGUAUAUAGUCAAGAUACUACUGAAAUUUAUCAUCUCUCACUUGCAAAUAAUAAUCACAAAAAAUCUUAUAGUAUGCUAUUUAAUGAUAUGGCACAAAGAGCAAAAAAUGUUGAUGUAACUAUUAUGUGUUUAGAAUGUGAACAUUGGCAAUUGUUUUAUUCCAAACAAAAAUUAAAUGAAAAAGAAAAAAAGCUCUUAAUUACAUAUUUGGAUAUAAUUGAUUAUUCUUGUGGCUCAUCCUUUUAUAAUGCAGAAAAUAUUAGUAAAAAAUGUGUUAGUAGUGAAAUUAAAUCAAGUAAUAGUGAACAUAAAAACCUAUUUUAUAAAAAUGCUGAUAUUAAUAAUGAAUUAACAGAAAGUGAUAAUUAUGAUAUUGAAGAACUAGCAAAUAGUGAAAAAAAUGAUAAUAACUUUAGUGAAUUUACGAAUAAUAAUGAAAGCAAUGAAUUAGUAGAUAAUGAAGAGAAUAUUGAAGAACUGGCAAAUAAUAAAAAGAAUAAUAAUGACUUUAGUGAAUUUAUGAAUAAUAAUGAAAGUAAUCAAUUAGUAGAUAAUGAAGAGAGAAAUUAUAAUUCUGAAGCCAAAAACUUAUCAAGUUUGGAUGCUGAUAAAACAACGAUUAAAGAAUUAUUUGAAAAAGUAUUUAUAAAUGAUAGGCUAACAUGCAAUUCCCUGAUAGAAAAGGCUUAUCAUUCUGCUCAAAUAUUUUCAUUACUAUGCUUUAAAUGUGAUAAUACUGAUAUUGUUACUCCAAUUCCAGCUACCCAAUACCAAUUAUAUACAGAAUGUACACAAAAAGGUGUCAAAACACCAACUCGUGGCAAAUCUUUAAAAUUUACAGCAC